UGUGAGAAGGCAGUACCUAUGAGAACGUGGUGAAUUGUGUAUCGUUAUUGGAAUCCUUGGUGAACUAGAUGCAAAGAGAUAAAGGUGUGGAGGAGACGUGAUGACACCGCCUAUAGGAUGGAGCUUGGGUCUUACCAACCGUGACAGUUGUAAAACAAUAAGAGUCAUUUUACUGGGUCAGCCUGGAGUCGGUAAAACUGCACUGGCAGUGCGAUUCAGCACGCGACGCUUCAUCGGGGAGUAUGACUGUACCACUGAAAGGAUUUACAAGAUUGAUGGUCCACUAGGUUCAUGGGAGAUUGCAGAUCCACCAGGAUAUCCACCAGCGCCAACAGAACCCAAGUUACGAUGGGCUGACGCUAUUCUACUGGUGUACUCUGUGUCUGAUCGUGUCAGCUUCGACGAGACUUCCCGGCUGAGGUUUCUAGUGAGUCAUGCCAGAAGAGGUAGGAAGGUACCACCGGUGGUACUCUUAGUCGGCAACAAGGCAGACUUAUCCUGUUCACCGGGUGAAAGGAUGGUCUCCGCCUGGGAGGGUCGUCGAAGAGCCGACGAUAUACAAGCCCAUGGUUUCUACGAGAUCUCCGUCAGGGAAUCCAUCGACCAGGUCAUGGCCGUCUUCGCUGAGGUUGCUAGACUCGUUACCGAGAUCUCCAGUAAUCCUGGUAAUCAGACCAACCCUUUCAGGCUACGCGCAUCUACGGAUGGUACUAUUAACUCUUUGAGGAGACCGACACCACCGCCACCUAGAAGAAGGUUCAGCAUUUCUGCGAGAGGAGCGCCACCUUAGGUGCGGUAG